UCCCCCCUCCCUCCCUCUGUCUGGACUCCGCAGGCACUUGUGUUCGAGUUGGAAGCUGUUUGAAAACUAACAUGGUUUAAUCCACUAACUGCAUGUUGGGUAAAUUCAAAACCCACAUGGUCGUCCUCUUGCAGUCGAAUAAGUCGCAUCUGAUGGACAUUUUCUCGGCUUAUAGCAUAGCAAUGAACGUCUGACAGGCGCGACCUUUCGUACAGCAGCCCACAUUACUGGCUUUGUGCCCAGAAUAUUGCUGCAAUACAAUCUUGUGAUUGGUUAUCUCCCUAUCAUGGAUUGUUUCAGAAGGGGAAAACGGACCCCUUUUUAAUAAAUCUGCGAUGGCUGGCUGCAGUAUGCUCCACCGUUGGUACUAAAGAAGUGCCUUUCCUGACGUCUCUGCUGCUUGGAACCGCUUCUAGAGCAGUCUCUGCUUUUUGCCUUGCUUGCUGCCAGCUAGACUGCGACGACAGCACAUCCAGCCUUCCACCUCUAGCCCAGCCACCCCCCCUCCUCAUUUCUACUUAAUAAGCCGAGAGAAAAGCUCUAAGCAUCAGGCAUUGCACCUAGGCUGCUUUCGUUUAUUCUCAUAGAAAUAAGUUUGCUGGAAAAGUGAGAUAUCUUCUGCCGGGGGAAAAAAAAAUCAAAGAGAGGAGAGAUCAUUUCUCGAUUUGUCGCUCUAAACUGCUGCAUCUGUCUGUGCCAAACUAAUCAAUACCGAUUGCACCGCACCAAAAAAAAAAAAAAAUUGUAAAUUGAGCUGUGUGGAGAUUACCUUUCAGACAACUUUUCCCGAGAGCAGCUUGGAAAAUCUGUGUCGAAGGGUCUGCCACGUUUCGCAGCUUGCGUUUUGGCACUCAGAAUGGGUUACUGAGAGCACAAGCCUAGUCCUAGGCCACACUUUUAAAUGCUCAUUUAAUCUGUGAUCUUAGCAUUUCUUUAAGUACAACCCCCCCUUUUGAUUGACUGUUUCAUGCUGGGACUUACUAGUGGGAAAUCUUUCCUUGCUGUCGUGACAACACAAUUUUACAUCUUCUUUUAACGUUGGGCUUGGGGCUUGGGGAAGUAUUUUGGAGGUUACAUUUUUCAUCAUUUCCAGUCUUAUCAGUUUGGCCUCUCUCUUUUUCUUUUUUUUUUUUUGGUCGUUCGUUUCAUUGACAAUUUUAACUACCUGUAAAACCUAAACAUGGCUGUAAGUGUCACACCAAUCCGGGACACAAAAUGGCUUACACUGGAAGUGUGUCGAGAGUUCCAAAGAGGGACUUGCUCAAGACCGGAUACGGAAUGUAAAUUUGCACAUCCAUCAAAAAGCUGCCAAGUUGAAAAUGGACGAGUAAUCGCCUGCUUUGAUUCAUUGAAAGGUCGAUGCUCCAGGGAGAACUGCAAAUAUCUUCACCCACCACCGCACUUAAAAACACAGUUGGAGAUUAAUGGACGCAAUAACCUGAUUCAGCAGAAGAACAUGGCCAUGCUGGCCCAGCAAAUGCAACUAGCCAAUGCCAUGAUGCCUGGUGCCCCAUUACAACCAGUGAACCAUAUGCCUCAGACAUUCCAAAAAAGAGGGGGGGAGGGAUCUCCAUAUUUCAUCGACACUGAUUCCAUUUAUCAAUACCAAACAGUAAAGCCAAUGUUUUCAGUUGCACCAAGCUUAGCCACCAAUGCUUCAACAGCCUUUAAUCCCUACUUGGGGCCUGUCUCCCCUGGCUUAGUUCCAGCAGAGAUCCUGCCAACAGCACCCAUGCUGGUUGCAGGGAAUCCUGGCGUGCCGGUUCCUGCUGCCGCUGCUGCAGCAGCCCAAAAGCUAAUGAGGACAGACAGACUCGAGGUAUGUCGAGAGUAUCAGCGUGGCAAUUGUAACAGAGGAGAAAACGAUUGCCGGUUCGCCCACCCUGCCGACAGUGCAAUGAUUGAUACCAAUGACAACACAGUGACCGUCUGCAUGGAUUACAUCAAAGGGAGAUGCUCCAGGGAAAAGUGCAAAUAUUUCCACCCCCCUGCCCAUCUGCAAGCUAAGAUCAAAGCUGCCCAGUACCAGGUCAACCAAGCGGCAGCUGCUCAGGCAGCAGCUACUGCAGCCGCCAUGACUCAGUCGGCUGUCAAAUCACUGAAGCGACCCCUCGAGGCAACCUUUGACCUGGGAAUUCCUCAAGCUGUACUUCCCCCGUUACCAAAGAGGCCUGCGCUUGAAAAAACCAACGGUGCCACUGCAGUCUUUAAUACUGGUAUCUUCCAAUACCAGCAGGCUCUUGCAAACAUGCAGUUGCAACAGCAUACAGCCUUUCUCCCACCAGGCUCAAUAUUGUGCAUGACACCCGCUACAAGUGUUGUUCCCAUGGUGCACGGCGCUACGCCAGCCACUGUGUCUGCAGCAACAACAUCUGCCACAAGCGUCCCCUUCGCUGCAACAGCCACAGCCAACCAGAUACCCAUAAUAUCUGCAGAACAUCUGACUAGCCACAAGUAUGUUACACAGAUGUAGACACUUAAUCAUCAAACAAUCAUAUUAAAGAAAAGAGGACAGUGUGGCUGAGUGAAGAAACAGGACAGGUCAUUAGCCAUAAUGUAUAUACAGUCAAAUAAUGGCACCCAAAAUCCCUCAGCAGUAAGACAUCCACAUAUUGCAUGUUAACAAGAUAAAAUGACAACUUGGAAAUCUACUGCGCACUGUUGCCUAUAUAAUUUGUACAUUGAACUGAUAAUUGUGCUGGGGUGAUCAUAUUGUCUAAAGACUACAGCAUUGUCUAUCUUUUCUAGCACACAGGUAUGCGGUGCAUACAGCCCCGAAGUAUGCAUUGGUAGAAUCUUUCCUACAUAAUCAUGUAUGUCAUCUUGAAAAGACAGACUGUGAGGUAGCCAUAGAUCUAUUAUGUAUUGGUACGUCCAUAGACCAAGAUAUAAUUUUUUAAAAGUAAGUUUAUUUCUUUCAAGGUUUACAAAUAACAAAAAGGUGCACCUUGUAUUUAAAAAUUGCCAUGAUAAAUGACAGCGUGCAUGCGCAGUAUAAUUUUUUUUUCCUUUUUGUUCAAGAGUAAUAUUUUUAAAUGUAAUAGAUUGUAAGAAGUGGUAAAAGAGGUAUCUGACAGAGAUGAAUGUGCCAAGUUAAAAAAAAAAACCACAACUGUGUAUAUUUUAAAGCACAUCAAUGGCUUUAAGUACCAUGUUGUUAAAGAUUCUCAUGAAGUGCCAUAGACUGUAAUCAAAGUAGAGUAUUAUUUCUGCAGUAUUACGUUAAGAGCCACAAAUUAUUAUUUUUUUGCUUAUUUUGCUAAUAGCCAAUCAGUCAAAGGGCACCCUUCUGUUCCAAACCAAAGCUGUCUCAGAAAUGGCCAUUUUACCCUAGUUAAUGGUAGACAGCACAAGGGGAAAAAUACUCUAGACAUACUGGUUAUUCUUACACAUACUAGAUAUAUAAAUCUAUAUAAAUUAUUAUAAUCCAUUGUAGUUGUAAUAGCAAUGCAGACUAUAACACACAAUAUACUUCUUUUUUUUUAAAAAAAGGGAAAAGCCAUUUCUGAGACACUGUUAGCAAAAUCUUUGAAGAAUUUCUUUUGCUUUGAUUUUCUAACCUCUGUCAAAAGUCCAAGAGACUCUAAAUGCAUUGCAAGAGAAGGGUUUUCGCUUUCUGCUCAAAUGCAUCACUUCAAAGUCACUCUUCAAAAAAAAAAGGUGACUCUAAUCAAAUAUGAGACAGAAGCACUGACAUCAGAUGCACGACAAAACCAAAACAUGAAAUGGAAAAUGGUAAUUAGAAUAGGCAUUGGGUGGGUUAAAUAUUGGGGUGAGUUUUAUAUGUGAUUUCUUCUGUUCAGAUUUACUGCUUAUAGCCUUAGAAAGCCUUUACAAAAAUGAAACAAAAAAAUAGAUGUGCAUUCAAGUUUUAAGAAUGGAUUCAUCCAAAGGAAAUCCUUUUCGUGGUUUGGAUGUUGCAGCUAGUAAAGGAUAUAUUUUGCUCUGUUCAGCAAAGCUAGAGAUUGCUGAGGAGGGGGCCAGGUCACUGGUAGUAUAGUGAGGAAUGGGAGAAGCGAGAGUUCAGUUCUAGAACUUUCCAUACUUCCAAGUUUACUUGCAAGUUUUUAUGCCUGAGAGAUGCUUUCUAGAAAAAAAAAGAAUGAUGUGUUGAUUUUACUGAUUGUACUGUACAUCUAUUAAAGCCUUAGAAUAUUACAUUACGGGUUAAAACCCAUAAAACCCAUAAAUGUAAUUUCAAUCGUGUUAAGAAAGUAUAGGUGACUUCACAUGUUAUUGUAGUUUACUUACAUUAGAGAGUACUACUUAUUUUUUCCUGGUUAAAAUAGUAGUUUUUAUUUCUUACAUUUAUUAGAUUUUUUCAUUUUCUAUUAUCAGAUGAAUGCCAUUUCAGUUAAUAGAAUUUUGUUUUAUUAGAUUUUAUGAAUGAAUUUUUCAAAAUAUGAAAAAAUUAAAAAGUUUUUUCCUUCAUAGCAUAUGCAGUUUUGAAUUUUACAUGUAGUGUCAUGAAUAUUCGUAUUAUUGUUAACUAAAUGAUUUAUAUUUUACUGAUUUAAUAUUACAAUGUAAGAAUAUCAGUCAUUGUUAGUUCUUGUCUAGUUUUCAUUAAAAGAACAAAGAUCUUUUAUAUGGAUAUCUUAUAUAAUCAUUGCUAAGUAAGAAGUUAAGUUGUUGCUAUUGCAACAAUCCUGGCAGACAACUGAGUAAUAUUUUGAGGAUUUAUUUUGUUUGUAAUUAAUUAUAAAGAAAAAUCUAGUUCCUAGAUAUUAGAAUAAAAUUUAUUUUCUACUGUAUCCAUUUCAAAUGUUAAAAUAUUGUUUAAAUAUUUUUUUGAAAUCCCUGAAUAUCAGGCCUUGUUAUAAAUAAGCUGCAUAAUCAAUAGAUCAAGGGACUUUUUUUUGUUGAUAAUCCAAAUACUCAAAAAAGUUUACGUAUAACAAGAAUUAUAAUAUGUGUGAGUGAGUGUGCAAACUCUUGAGGGUUGAUUAUGCUGCAAGGAUAGCAUGUGGGAAAGUAUAAAGAGAAGAUUGACCUUUUGCACUUCUGUAUAUAGUCAAAAAAAGAGAAAGAGAGAGAAACCUGUAUAAUAGUAAGAUCUUAUUUUGAAUAAAAAUGUCUAUAAAUACAAGGAGUUUUGUUAAGGCUAAUUAAAAAAAUGACAGGCUGAGCAAAAUUGCUUGCAAAAAAAAUGGCACAGAGUUAGCACUCCAUCCCCCUUGACGAAAAAAGUUGCUUUGCUUUAUGUGAACAGCUUCUAGUUUGCCAGGAUUCUUUCAGCUGGAAAAAUUGGCUAUCCUUCCCAGUUCUCAUGACUGACAAAAGCUGCAUUGGUUCAAAUCUGCCUAAAGAUCAU